CUCCACCGCAUUUCCCUCCACCCAACCCUAACCCCCUACCGCCGCCGCCUCUACCGUACCCUCCUCUCCAUCCCGCCCGGCCGCUGGACAACCUACUCCACUCUCUCAGGUUAUCUGAACUCGUCCCCGCGCGCUGUCGGGAACGCGCUGCGCACGAAUCCGUUUGCGCCGGGGGUUCCGUGUCACCGGGUUCUGGGGAGUGGGGGGAGUCUCGGGGGGUAUAAGGGGUUUUGGGCUGGGCGUUCUGAUGCAAAUGGGAAGGGGAAUGGGAAAGGGGAGGAGAAGAGGAGAUUACUGGAGGAAGAGGGGGUUGUUUUUGAUGGGGAGGGGAAGGCGAUGGGGGUUUGUUUUGGGGGGUUU